ACUGGAAGAAGAGCUACCUGAGCUGAGGAUUACCUUUGCGUCUGAGGAGCUAUCUCCAGACCAACCCGCGUGCAAAGGAAGGAGCUAGGCCACUUGACCUGGGCAUCAUGGCCCACCUGCGGUCCUUCGAAGUGCGGCAGCUGCUCCACAACAAGUUCAUCGUCAUCCUGGGAGACUCUGUCCAGAGGUCCGUGUACAAGGACCUGGUGCUCCUGCUGCAGAAGGAUUGCCUGCUCAGUCCCAAGCAGCUCAGGGUCAAGGGGGAGCUGAGCUUUGAACAGGACAAGCUGGUGAAUGGAGGCCAGAAGGAUGCCAUGCACAACGGCACCACCUACCGUGAAGUCCGCGAGUUCUGCACCAACCACCAUCUGGUGCGCUUCUACUUCCUCACGCGUGUGUACAGCGUCUAUGUCCAAGACGUCUUGAAAGAGCUGCAGUCCCACGAGCACACCCCAGAUGUGGUCAUCAUUAACUCCUGUCUCUGGGACAUCUCCAGGUAUGGGCAGGACUCUUUUAGCAGCUACCGGAAGAACCUGGAGAACCUGUUUGGGCACCUGGGCCAGGUGCUGCCAAAGUCCUGCCUCCUGGUGUGGAACACAGCCAUGCCUGUGGGCGAGAAGAUCACCGGGGGCUUCCUCCCACUGGAGCAGUCGUCCUUGUCCUUGGGCCUAAAAAAGAAGGUGAUUGAAGCCAACUUCUACAGCUUUGUCGAGGCAAAGAAGCACAACUUUGAUGUGUUGGACUUGCACUUCCACUUCCGCCAUGCAGAAGAGCACCGGCAGGGAGACGGGGUACAUUGGGACCAACGGGCGCACCGACACCUCUCCCAGCUGCUGCUGGCCCACGUGGCCGAUGCCUGGGGUGUGGACCUGCCCCGCCGCCAACAUGUGAACCAGUGGAUCAGGGCUGGACCUGGACAGGGGGCUGAGAGACAGUAUCAGACCAGCAGAAAUGAGCAGGCCUUACCCCUGCCCCCAUCAUUUCCUUCUCCCAGGCACCGCACCCUGCUCCCUCUCCCAGCUCCCCACCUACCCCUGCCCCCACCACAGCCCCCACAACUUCCUCCCAUUGCCUAUCACCCGACCAUGAGCCCCCACCCCUCUUACGGUCCCCAAGACACCUGUUUUUCCUCCGACCAGCAUUUUCAGUCAGGUCAAUUCUUCUUAAACUAUUUGCAUUCAGAUGUCCCCUCAUCUACCCAGAUAGGAUUUGACUCUGAAGGUGAAUUUAUGUUUGAUUCCCAGCCUCCCAGGGUCCCCUUCUCCACACCGUAUCAUCAGCAGCCAGCCCCUGUGGUUCACAGGGGCUUUCCCCAGAAUGUACGUCACGACCCCUAUGUGCCCUGGAGACGGCCGCCCAGAUCUUACAGGAGACAGGCCCGAGCCCGCCCCGAGCCAAGGCCUCAUUAAGCAGACUUGGGCCUUUUUCCUCUUCAUAGACAUGGACUUGACAGAUCAUCUGACUGUGCCUAAUAGACUGAUCUUUUUAACAUAAGCCUUUGACCCACACUCGGACUUCUUUUGGUUCUUUGCUGUUACUGAUAAUGGCAGGGAAGAGCAGCCUGACCCAAUCUUGUUGGCUGUGGGCCUCUCCCUCCACGCUCUGGGGGUGACCACGUAUUACUAC